UCUGCCAUUACUCGACCGAAUUGCAAAAUGGAGUAUACCACGUGACUCAUGGGAACCAAUCAGCAAGAUUCUGGGUCAGACUUUACACACUUCAUGCUACUCUUGGUGCUGCAAUGCUGGCAGAUAUAGGAGUUCCAGAAACUACCGACACCAAGACUAGCGUGGGUGAAUUGAAAUGGAAACAAGAGGACUUUGAAGCCCGAUUUCCGGGAAAUUUUUCAAGUUAUAAGCUGGCUGAAGAGGCUCUCGGCAAUGUCACAUCGUGUCUCAAUGACCAUGAACUAGGUUCCGUUAACGAGAUCGACAUCGUCCUCGGUUUCUUCAAGGGCGUCCUCACAAGGCGACCUCUAAUGAACGCAACCGUUGAUCAGGCCAGGUCAUUCCUAAAUGGAACCGCCGAUGUGCUGAAUGUUCUCUUUUCCAACAAGACUACUGAACACCUUACGAGAGCAUGCGUGGAAGGGAGAAAUCUGACGUCAUCACCUGAGGAUGUCCAAUAUGAACUUGAGAAUCUCUUGACCUCCGCUUCUGAACUGAUCGUUGAUGGCGGUAUAUCGUCGUUUGGAGUCUCACGAGAAAAUACAGCAUUCACCAUUAAGUCAACCAACGGGGCAUCAUCAUCAGAUGUAUCAGCCACCGCUGCGGAAUGUGAGGGCGCCCUAAACCUCGCUGGAAACGAUGUGAGCAUACCGUGUGAGGUCGUCAAGGAGAUGGGCUCGCGGGCAGUGUAUCAGAUCAUGCUGCCUUACGGUGGAGACAUACUUGCAAGUUCGAAGUGCGGACAAAAUAGGACAAAGAUUGGAUCUCCUCUUCUCAGUGUGGGACUAGUCUCUAAUCAGAUUGAGCAACCAUUCAGCAAAAAUAUUUCGUUUUCCUUCGUCACCAGGUCUUUGGAGGUUGAUGCACAGAAAAACAACACGUUGUGCUCAUAUUGGGACUACGAAGAAAGUGAUUGGUCGACAUCGGGGUGCACCCUGGGAUCUAUUGACGUCACCAACGGCGAGGCGAAAGUCACGUGCCUCUGUAACCACCUGACAAGUUUUGCAGUGCUCAUAGAUGUGUCGCCGGGAGAGAUUGAUGAAAGGAAUCAAGAGAUCAUGAUGCUCCUGACAUGGAUUGGAUGUAGUUUCUCCAUUGCAGCUUGUUUUCUGACCAUUUUCGGUUAUGCCUUCCUCAGGCUGCGAAGCGACCUCAUAUUGGUCCAUGGGAACCUCGCCUUGUCUGUCGGUCUGGCUGAAACAGCUUUUCUGUGUCUCAGUGCAGUCCCUAAUCCAGCCGAGCAACCGAUAUCUUGUAUCAUCCUCGCCUCUGUCAUUUACUACCACUUCAUUGCGAUGUUUGCAUGGAUGGCCAUUGAGGGCGUACAUCUCUAUUUGCUGACAUUUGUGGUAUGGAACGCCGAGAAACGCAAAAUCAAGAUGUAUAUGGCAUGCGGGUGGGGUAUUCCAAUUAUCUUCGUCGCCAUGCUGCUUGUCGUCAAUUUUACACGAGGGAUCGUCUUCAAAAACUAUUGUUUCCUAAGUAUGGAAGACCACAGUCUCCUCUACUUCAUCGUCCCGGUCGCUGUCGUGGUCGUCUUCAAUAUCUUUGUGACCAUACGUGUCGUCGUCCAAAUCGUCAAGAUGUCGGACGGCCCGACGAUGCAAGGCGACAUGAAGAAGCGAGCCAAGUACGGAGUAAAGGCCAUGAUGGUUCUCCUGCCCAUAAUGGGAUUGACCUGGGUCGUAGGGUUCUUGGCGGUCGACAGGGCAAAGGUCGUCUUUCUCUACGUCUUCAUCGUCCUUAAUUGUCUGCAAGGCGUCUUCAUCUUCUUCGUCCACUUCUUCAGAAACUCGGAGGUUCGUAAAGCAUGCCAGAGGAAGAUUGAUAAAUGGGCCGUCAGUCAGUCUUUGAACGGAGAACUUUCAAGCAGCAAAAACGCCAGGAAAUCCUCUUCCUCGGGUGCAGAAAAGAAUCUGGGGACCAUGUUGUCACCGAUGCCGACAAUGACAAUGACAAACUUGUGAGCAGAAAGCCCCACAACGUAUAGUGGAUUUUAAAAAUGCCCCAACCAGCCGUUGCUUUGGUUGUGGAUUUUCAAGGGAGUUCAUAAUUAUACAAACCUGGGGUUUCAACGAGUCAAUAGGCCAUUAUCCUCAUUGAAUUGAAUUAAAUUGAAUUUAUUUUUUUCUGCAACAUAGAAAUCAAAUUACAUGUCAGAAAUAUAACUUAUACAAAAUAUAACAAGUUUUUUUUAAUGUGUAUAUAAUAUAAUAGUUAUACAUGAUGAUAUUAAAAUAACAUUUAAGUGAUAACCCAAUACCGAGAAUUAUUCAUUAAGAAAGUUGCAGAAGAAGAAGGUAUAUUACAAUAAACGAUUGCUUGAUAGCGUAAUAUCCCGGUGGAAUGAUAAGGAGGGGUUUGAUGAUAACAAAUUAAACAAAAACAGGUGAUGGUGCUGAUGGAGAUAAUAAUGAUGAUGGUGAAAAUAAAAAAUGAAAAUAUGCUGAUGUAAAUAUGUCUUACACAGAAAACUUAUAUAUAUAAGUACAUGGGAGUUAUAAAAUAUAUUGAUGGAUGUUUCUCUAAGAAUCUUAAAAUAAUAUUGAAUAUCAAUGCAGCACUGGAAAAAGAUCGAACAAUGUACUCUGAAAAAAAUGCUUUCUUCGUAAUGAAUUUAAUGCAUAAAUCUUUGUUAAGUGCCAUUUUACAAAUUAUUUCGUUCACCUCUUACGAAUAAUUGUAUUUUAAUAGUCAGAAUAUGAAUUGCAUACAUUACGUGAUGGUAAGUAGGGCAAGCCAUGAUGUUUGUCCUACCUAGCAGAAAUGUAUGUAUGCAAUUUUCAUUCUGACUAUUGAAAUACAAUUAAUUGUACCAGAUGAGUAAAAAAAUUUGUAACAUGGCACUAAACGAUGAUUAUAUUACGAAAAUCGUUUAUUCUGUAUUACGUAGGUGUAACGCAUGAUUGUUAUAGUAUUGAAGAAUAAGCCCCUUUGCAGAAGGGGGUGACUUUCGAAAAAGACAUUCGAAUAUCUAAAAAGGAGAGACUCAAUAACAUUGUUUAGAUGGAAGACAAUGGAGCUAAGGAAGUGACUACAAUAUUAAAUAAACAGAUUAUCUGAAAUUUUUAGUAAAAACAAACCAUUAUUGAUCAUAUAUAUUUGGAAAAACUUAUCUGAUACUGUUAUAAUUAAAUAAGAUUUUAGGCGAAUGUAAAUAGUCACAAAGCAAUGAAUUGGCUAUAUAAUCCAUUUCAAACAUUAAAUUGUUGAAAGAUUUUGGAAAACGGUUGGGAUAAUUCCAAAAUUGGUCUGGAGAAUUUACUGUUAGAGGGAGUUACACACUGACGCCUUCAAAGAAAACCAUAAAUAUC